GUUUUUAUGACCCCCAAAGAGGCUGCACGGAUUCGAGCUAAGAAGGCCACCACUAUUCCGUGCCCCAAGUUAGUUGAAUUUGAGAAACAAAGAAUGGCCUUAGAAAAGGCUGUGAAGGAGGAUGAAAAACGUGCAGAGAAACGAGAAAAGCUACUCCAAGAGAUGAGGAAUGCGACAAAGGAGGUGAAGACCACAAGUAAAAGAAAAAAGACUGAUGAGCAAAAGGGAGAACACAAUGGAACAGCCAAUGUAGGUGCAGAAACAAAUGAUGAAAACAAGUCUUCGUUACAAGCUGUGCGAGAGGCAAAAGAAAAAAUUGCCCAGCUAGACAAGGAAGCCAAGAGAGCCGGAUCUGCAGGGAACACCACUGAGACAGGCAAACCCACCAAGAAGGACAAGAAGGAGAAAAAAGAGAAGAAGGCAACACCACAGAGUGGGUCAACACCAGAUGCUGACAAGGUCUCAAAGAGCUCUGCCCGUGCCAAUGCAGAAGCCACCAAGUCCGAGCACAGCAAGAAAGACACGAUGACAGAGGACAAUAGCACCGGAUCUGCACAUGGAUCCACGCCAGAGAAUGCCACCGAGAAAGGCAAGCAGCCAAAGGAAAAGAAGGACAAGAAGGAGAAGAAAGAGAAGAAGGCAACACCACAGGAGGAUGAGUCAACACCAGGUGGUGACAGGAUCUCAAAGAGCUCUGCCCCUGCCAAUGCAGAAGCCACCAAGUCCGAGCACAGCAAGAAAGACAAGACAACAGAAGACAAUAGCACCGGAUCUGCGCAUGGAUCCACGCCAGAGAAUGCCACCGAGAAAGGCAAACAGCCAAAGGAAAAGAAGGACAAGAAGGAGAAGAAAGAGCAGAAGGCAACACCACAGGAGGAUGAGUCAACAGCAGAUGCUGACAAGGUCUCGAAGAGCUCUGCGCCUGCCAAUGCAGAAGCCACCAAGUCCGAGCACAGCAAGAAAGACACGACGACAGAGGACAAUAGCACCGGAUCUGCACAUGGAUCCACGCCAGAGAAUGCCACCGAGAAAGGCAAGCAGCCAAAGGAAAAGAAGGACAAGAAGGAGAAGAAAGAGAAGAAGGCAACACCACAGGAGGAUGAGUCAACACCAGGCGGUGACAAGGUCUCAAAGAGCUCUGCGCCUACCAAUGCAGAAGCCACCAAGUCCGAGCACAGCAAGAAAGACACGACGACAGAAGACAAUAGCACCGGAUCUGCACAUGGAUCCACGCCAGAGAAUGCCACCGAGAAAGGCAAGCAGCCAAAGGAAAAGAAGGACAAGAAGGAGAAAAAAGAGAAGAAGGCAACACCACAGGAGGAUGAGUCAACACCAGGUGCUGACAAGAUCUCGAAGAGCUCUGCGCCUGCCAUUGCAGAAGCCACCAAGUCCGAGCACAGCAAGAAAGACACGACGACAGAGGGCAAUAGCACCGGAUCUGCACAUGGAUCCACGCCAGAGAAUGCCACCGAGAAAAGCAAGCAGCCAAAGGAAAAGAAGGACAAGAAGGAGAAAAAAGAGAAGAAGGCAACACCACAGGAGGGCGAGUCAACACCAGGUGGUGACAAGGUCUCGAAGAGCUCUGCACCUGCCAUUGCAGAAGCCACCAAGUCCGAGCACAGCAAGAAAGACAAGACGACAGAAGACAAUAGCAUCGGAUCUGCACAUGGAUCCACGCCAGAGAAUGCCACCGAGAAAGGCAAGCAGCCAAAGGAAAAGAAGGACAAGAAGGAGAAAAAAGAGAAGAAGAGCAAGGAUGAUGAGCCAACACCAGAUGCUGGCAAUGUCUCAGACCAGCAUUCCACAGAGAAACCAAAGAGUGCCACUUGCUCAACUUUGUGCCUGCUUGACCAAGCCAGACCACUGAAGGUUCAGAAGCCCAAAGAUGAUUCGAAGAAGCGAAAGAGUGACAUGCUGCUGGAACGACAGUCGACUUUGGCCAGCAUUGAUGGACUGCUGCUGGAAUCACCCUUGACUGGGUCUGCUAGCCCACACUCGGCAUCGUCACCACCGACGACUGAGAAGAAGGAACGCAAAAAAGUUCUCACGGAGGAGGAGAAGGCCAAAAUUCAGGCCAUGCAAAAGCCAUCAGAAAUGCCCUAUGACGAAAGAAAACGCCAAUACGCGGCAAUGCGAAGAGCAAUCUACAAAGAUGCCAAGCCCGAGCUAGUGGCUAAAUUUAGCCUAGCCAAUGACAAGGAGAGGUUUCAAAUGUUGAAAUCUUGGGUGCAAAACCAAGAUGUGGGCGAGAUCGACAUAGAAGAAAAGUAUGUGACGUUUGUGCGCACUGUGCGCACUGACCGCUACACGACUGUGACGAUUUUUCAACUUGAAAAAAUCUAUGGUAAGGGGCAGGAGGCAAAGGCCUUCAUCCAAGAGUUGUGCCGGGGUCAGGCUGGUGUACCUCACCCCCAGGCACCCAACGUGAAAAAGGCGAGGAUGUACAAGGUCUUACGAGAAGUGGUAGAGGAAAACCAGAGUGGAACUUCAGCUGAGACCUCUGCUUCCCUUUCGGGUCGAGUUCGUGAUGGAGGAGCAAAACAGCUGCUGGCAAAGCAGCUGCAGGGCCUGAACUCUUCCACUCCCGAAUUCAUGAACCUUACUACUGGACAGAUAAGGUGUAAAAAGCCAAAGAAGGAGAAGUCCCCAGUUGAUGAAGCAAUCGCCGAGAUGAAAAAGAUAUCCAAAAAGUGGAAUCAGGUGGUGAAUGAGCUCCCCAAGAUGAUCAAGGACCUACAGGAUUACAACGUGCGAAACUGCUCAGAGCUGGUGACUGCGUUGGAUGCCCAUGAAGUGCCUGCUGCUACCGGGUGGCAGCGGGUGGAAACUUACUUGGGGGCUCCAGCCUCUGAAGUUGACCCUAUGGAUUUCCAAGCCAAGCUGGAAUGUGAAAAGAAUGAAAUUGCGGUUAUUAUGGGUGACAUCAGUGACGCUAAGCGUCGUCUGUCAGCUGCCAAGGGCCCAAAAAAGGGCAAAGGAAGGGCAGCCAAGAAGGCUGAUCCAUCCAGUGAUGAAGCAGAAAGUGUGGAAGACUAAGGUGGA